UGUAGCACGUGCUGUCUAUGCUGUUGUGACGCAACUGACACCAGGAUUUUUUUUUUCUUUUUUCUCUGACGCAAAGCGCCCGUCGGGCUGCAAGUCCGUUGUUAGAAAUUCAACUCUUUUUGUCUGUUAGCAAAAUGAUUCGAAUUGUAAACUGAAUCGCCUGUUCCGGUCACGGAAUUUAUCGAAGACGAGUGAUUAACCCGCACAAACUUCUAAUACAAGAUGAAUAAGAGCGAUAUUGCAGAGGAAGAGGAUGUUACUAAUCAAACUCUGACGUCCAUGAUGACGUUUGACGUCAUCAAUCGUAGCGUAUGGAUUGUGGACGUAGAGUGGCAAACAUCCAAAGAUAAUUCGACGUGGUGGACUACCUGGAACGAAAACAAUGAUACAGUUUAUCUAAGUGUCACCAACUGUACCAAUCAAAGCGAAUCUUGUAAUGGUACCAACAUAGUGCCCGAGAGUCCUCCUUUUAACUUAUGGCAGACCAUAGUUAUUGCUGUUCUGAUAGGAAUAUGCUCCCUCCUAACCAUAGCGGGUAAUAUAUUGGUUCUUUUGGCGUUUGUAGUGGAACGAACAAUACGCCAACCUAGCAACUAUUUCAUUGCUUCUUUAGCCCUCUCCGAUCUUUUUAUUGGAAUCAUCUCCAUGCCUUUUUACGCUGUAUACGUAUUAGUCGGAAGGUGGGAUCUAGGUCCUAUUACCUGCGACUUGUGGUUAGCAAUCGAUCAUACUGUAUGUCUGGUUUCCAUCUACACUGUAUUAUUAAUCACUAUCGAUAGAUAUUGUUCGGUCAAGAUCGCUACUAAGUACAGAGCUUGGAGAACCAAUACCAAAGUGUGGUGGAUGGUAAUCACUACUUGGAUUGUUCCGUUUUUAGUCUUUUUCAUUACAGUUAUGGGUUGGGAACAUUUUAUUGGUUAUCGUGAUUUAGCUCCCGGUGAAUGUGCGGUGCAAUUUCUUAAAGAUCCCAUCUUUAAUACUUCUUUAAUAUUUGGAUACUUUUAUCUCACUCUCAUUGUACUCUUCGUCCUUUACGCGGGAAUAUACAAAACGGCCAGCGACAUGCAGAAAAGAUCUGCAGCCAAACAGAAAAAAGUGCAAUCUUUGGUCUCCAUGAAUAAAGAAAAAUCAGAGGAGAAAUCCGUUUUGACAACAUCAAAAUCAUUCGGCCAAGAAAAAAGAAAACUUGAAUCAAACAAUGUAACAAAUUCAAGUCAAAAAAACACAGAUUCGACAGAAGGGCAAAAUACAGGAAAAAAAUUCGAGACGUCAUUUACUGAAGAAAAGAAAGAAAAUUCCGAUCAUUCGAGCAGCCCCGUUUUUGAUUCUGACGAAGAAAAUGCUGCCCCUCAAGCAAAUAAAAAAGAAAAGCGAAAAUCCGCAGGUAGAUCGAUAGAAAACUUAAAAUCAAUUCCUAAAAUACAACCCAUUCCUCCCCCGCCUCCUCCCCUGCCUCCUCCCCUGCCUCCUCCCCUGCCUCCUCCUCAACCACUCUGUCAAUCUUUAAGCAGAUCGUCAAGAAAUAACGAAGAGAGCAAAAUAAAAUUACUAAAUGCAGAAAUGGACGAAAGAAAAUUUAAAGAUAACGAAAGACCCGGUAAUCUGAACGUGAGUUACGUAGAUCAAGAAUGCCCUUCGACGUACACGCAACUGCCAACUCUCUUACAUUUUGAAGGAGAAGAAGUAAAAGAUAUAAAUGCAUUACGUAACACGGGGGAAAGCAUUAAAGCUCGAGACGAAAUGCAAUCCAUUGUGGACCCCGAACGUUCGGCAUUCUUAACGAUUUCAAAAGAAUUAUCGUCUUGUUCCAAAAAAGUAUCUUCUCUUCGACAGAAAUUUAAAAAAGGAAGAAGCAAACUAAAAGGAGAAAAAAGACAAAAGUCCAAAUCAGAAAACAGAGCCAGAAAAGCUUUGAGAACAAUAUCAUUUAUUCUGGGAGCAUUCGUGUUAUGCUGGACUCCCUAUCACAUUUUAGCCGUUGUAGAAGGUUUCUGUUCGGUUUCGUCCGGUUGUGUCAAUCAUCAUUUCUUUUAUUUUACUUAUUUUCUUUGUUAUGCCAACAGCCCCAUCAACCCAUUCUGUUACGCAUUGGCCAAUCUUCAGUUUAAGAAGACUUUUUAUCGUAUUUUAAAAGGCGAUUUUCACAGAAAAUAAAACCAAUUAAGCGAAUUAACAUUUACUUAUCGAUAACAAUUAGCUAAGAAACACGGAAAACUUUCUAG